AUGGCUGGUCCGCCUCCACCUCCACCUCCCAUGAUGCCUGGGGCAGCUUCUGGUAGCUCGAAGCCGCCUGCGGCGCCACAGAUGCAAAUGGGUAGAGACGCCCUGCUUGGUGAUAUAAGGAAGGGCGCCCGCCUAAAGAAGGCUGUCACAAACGAUAGAAGCGCACCGCAAGUAGGUGGCGGUGUUGUGUCUGGUAACGCGCCAAACCCCCCUACGCCCGCGUCAGCGCCACCAGUAUCACAGGCACAAGCGAUGCCGCCAAUGCCGCUGCCGUCAGGCCCUCAACUCGGGGACAUCCUGGCUGGCGGUAUCCCAAAACUGAGGUCGACCUCCGGCGCGCCCAGGGGAGCGCCUGCGCCUCCGGUUCCCGGCAUGUCCGCUCCACCAACUCCAGCGGCACCCGCUCCCCCAGCUCAUCCAGUUCCUGCGGGAUCUGCUCCUGGAAUCCCGGGGUCCGCCCCUCCAAUCCCAGGCUCAGCGCCUCCAGCACCCGCCGCUCCGCAGAUCCCUUCCAGCAGACCUCACAUGCCUUCUUCCAGGCCCACCAAAAGGAGAUCGAAUAUCGAAGGGAAAGCGCCGCCCGUACCUUCGGCGCCUCCAGCACCUCCUGCGCCGCCAGCUUCAGCCCCUCCGCUACCUUCGUCGAACGCCCCAGGGACCCCUGCUCCUCUGCUGCCUCAAAGUAGUGCGCCGCCUGCGCCGCCAGUACCAUUUGCCGCAGCUCCGCCGGCACCAGCAUCUUCGGCCCCAUCAGUUCCUAAAUCAAGUCCGUCAUCAGCGCCUCCAGCGCCGCCGGCUCCAUCGGCUCCCCCAGUACCGGGCCUGCCCAAGAGCAGCGCUCCACCGGCGCCACCAGCUCCGCCAGCUCCGCCAGCUCCUCCAGCUCCUCCAGCACCUCCUGUGCCAUCCGCACCUGCUCUACCUAAAAGUGGUGCGCCUCCGGCACCCCCUGUGCCAUCCGCACCUGCUCUACCUAAAAGUGGUGCGCCUCCGGCACCUCCAGCACCCACUUUACCAAAGAGCAGCGUACCACCAGCACCCCCAGCACCCCCAGCACUUCCAGCCUCUUCUGCUGCUCCACAACGUAGGGCACCAUCCGCAGCUUCUGCACCACCGGCGCCUAUGCCUGCCGCUGGGGGCUUGCCGUUCUUGGCCGAGAUCCAGAAAAAACGAGACGAUAGGUUCGUCAUUGGCGAAAACUCCAAGUACACAACAAAAGUUGAGCCAACGAAUGAUCCAGAACCAGUCAAGGCCCCAACUUUGGAUAAAACAUCUCAGAAUGCUCCCUCGGGCCAAGGAAUGUCUUUCCUAGACGAGAUGAACUCGAAAUUGAAUGCACAGCACACUAAGCCGCCUGCUUCACCAUCCAUACCACCACCUCCCCCAACAAGUGGUGCACCCCCAGUUCCACGUGCCCCUCCUGCCGCACCCCCACCUGCUACAAAAGCACCACCACUGCCUUCUUUCUCCGCCCCCAGUACGAACGCAGCCCCCCCACCACCACCUCCACCUCCAGUUUCUUCAUUACCUCCACCACCUCCUCCAAUCCCUACAUCUUCGUCUCCCCAGGCGCCGGCACUUCCCAAGUCAUCGGCGCCAGGUAGUCCUCCGCCACCCCCUCCUCCGCCAGCGCUAGGAUCUGGCUCUUCUACAAAUCAUCAAAAUGCGCCGAAGCCUUCUUUAGGUGGCGGCUUGCCAUUCCUCGCGGAAAUCGAGAAAAAAAGAGACGAUUCUCAUGUAAUUGAGGGCGUAUCGAGUAACUCGGGACCAGGAAAAGCCGAAAACAGAACCCCAAGCGCUCCAAGCGUUCCUGCUGCCCCAGCUCCACCCGUCCCUUCUUUGCCAUCUUUCGGCGCCCCUCCUGUGCCUUCCCCUGCAAAGAUGGCCUCGAGCGGUUCGUCGUCUUCCGCAACGAUGCCAGCGGCACCCCCUCUUCCAUCUAUGGGCUCGCCAGUACUGCCGACUCCACCCGCCCCACCCGCUCCACCAAUGGCAUCAUCAGACCCUCAUUCGGCUCCGCCUCCUCCACCAAUGGCACCAUUCUCCCCUGCUUCAACCGCUACUGAAAAUGGUGGAUCUUCUAAGCUCCCUCCUCCUCCCCCACCACCAUCUAGCACUGCAACAACUUCACACAAACAAAGACUAUUUUCGAAUGGUGAUGAUGCGCAAUCAAGCCAUACCUUGAAUCCGCACACCAACCAGCCCGAAAUUAAAACAAGCAACUUAACCAUCAGUGGCAGUGCGACCACAACAGGUGUCAAGCUAGGCGGUACCAAAGUUACCGUCGACGACAGUCGCUUCAGCUGGGGCAACGCUGGGCAACUGCCGAAGCCAAGGGCAUUCAGCAACAAAACAAAGUUGUACCCCAGUGGAAGGGGAAGCAGUGUUCCGCUGGAUCUGGCAUUAUACUUGUAG